CCACUGGCUACCUAUAUAUAAUCGUGCGUGAUUAGAACGUGACAACUUGUACGCCAGUAAUCGUGAACGAGAACGCAUCCGAUCGGGUCUAUAAUAUAUUAUAAUAUAUUAAAUUUUAUCUACGUGACUCCACAACCAACUGAAAAAAUGAAAACCUCAGUUGCUAUUCUUUUGACCAUUAUCUCGAUGGCUGCUGCAACUCCUCUGUUCUUCGGACCAAAACAUCACGAACACCACGUUAUCCACGUACCAUACCACGUACACAAAGUACCAGUUUACAUCAAAGAGCCCGUAUACAUUCAGAAGCCCGUCUAUAUAUACAAGACAGUCGAUCAUCACGAUCAUCACUACCACCAUGAUGACCACUACGACCAUCACGAUGAUCAUUAUGACAGCCAUUGGUAUUGAUAAGACUAAAAAUAAUAACUUUUUUUAAGUUAAAAAUGUUUAAAAAUUCAAGACCUGCAAUUUAUUUUUGUAAUAUAUUUAUAAUAUAAGUCGUGAACCGUAAACUUAAAUCUCCUUUUUACCAUGUAAAAUAAUAUCUAUUGUUAUUGUUUCUCACAAUUUACCUCAUUGUUUUGUUUAGUUUAUUCAAUGUAGUUCUUAAAUUGUUUUUUUUUCUGCUUGACACAAAAACCAUUUUGUUUUAAUUUCAUUAUUGGCUAUUGUGUCUUAUUAAAAAAAAAUAAAUUAAACAUAUUAAAUAUAA